AUGAUUCGCUCGUUAUAUGUUUCUUUAGCUGCUUUGUUGUGCUUUUUGGCUUCAUUUGUUCAAGCAGAAGAUCUCCCAGAAAUUGAAGUUAUCGGUAACAAGUUUUUUUUUAAGAAUAAUGGUACUCAAUUCCUUAUGAGAGGUAUUGCUUACCAACAAAAUACUGCUAAUGCAACAGAUGUUAGUUUCAUUGAUCCUUUAGCUGACGCUGAGAGUUGUAAAAGAGAUAUUCCCUACUUGCAAGGAGUAGCAACUAACGUCAUUCGUGUCUAUGCAGUUAAUACUUCUGUCGAUCACACUGAAUGUAUGACUGCCUUAAAUGAUGCUGGCAUCUAUGUUAUUCUUGAUUUGUCCGAACCAGAUAAGUCUAUUAAUAGAUACAGCCCAGAAUGGAACUUAGAUUUAUAUGACCGUUAUACUGAAGUUGUUGAUGCUUUCCAUAACUAUACUAAUGUUUUAGGUUUUUUUGCUGGUAAUGAAGUCACAAAUGCUAAAAAUAACACUGAUGCCUCUGCCUUCGUAAAGGCUGCUGUUAGAGAUGUCAAGCAAUACAUUUCUGACAAGGACUAUAGAACUAUUCCUGUGGGUUAUUCAUCGAACGAUGAUGGUCAAACUAGAGUUGCAAUCGCUGAUUACUUUUCUUGUGGGUCUCUUGAGGAAAGAGCUGAUUUCUUUGGUAUCAACAUGUACGAAUGGUGUGGUGAUUCUACUUUUGAAACUUCUGGUUAUGAAGACAGAACUAAAGAAUAUUCCAACUUGACUAUUCCUGUUUUCUUUUCUGAAUAUGGUUGUAAUGCUGAACGUCCAAGAAAAUUCACUGAAGUUGGAGCUCUUUUCUCUAGCGAAAUGACCGAUGUUUGGUCAGGUGGUAUUGUUUACAUGUAUUUCGAAGAAGAAAAUGACUACGGUUUGGUUAGUGUAAGUGGAAACAAGGUUCUGACUUUGGCUGACUACUCUUACUAUAGUAAGGAGAUUCACCUGAUUUCUCCAACUCUUGCCUCAGCUUCCGCCGCUUCUGUAUCCGCUUCAAACACUUUAUCUUGUCCAGCUGAAGCUGCUACUUGGAGCGCAUCUCCAAGUUUACCACCAACUCCAGAUAAGGAUACUUGUGAGUGUAUUGCAAAUUCAUUAAGCUGUGUUGUAUCAGACGACGUUGAUUCAGACGACUAUGGCGACUUUUAUGGAACCCUCUGUGGUUUGGAUGGUGUCGAUUGUAGUGUUAUAACUGCUAAUGGUACAUCUGGUGUUUACGGUGGUGUUUCAUUCUGUGCUGACAAGGAUAAACUUUCUUACCUUUUGAACCAGUACUAUGAAUCUAAUGAUAAACAUUCUUCUGCUUGUGACUUCAGUGGAUCUGCUUCCAUCAACGCAAGUGCUACAACCGCAUCUUCUUGUUCGUCUAAAGUUGCUGCCGCUUCGAGUGCUGCUUCAGGCUCAAGUGGUACUGGCUCUUCCUCAGGUUCCGGAUCCUCUAGUGGCUCUGGCUCCGAUUCCACUUCUACCUCAUCAAGCACCAAGAAAUCAUCAGCUCUGAGUGUCAGAGUAGCAUUCUCAAGUGGUGAACUUUAUGCUUUUGCAGGUAUGAUAACUUGUUUCCUUGGUGGCUUAGGAUUUAUGUUUGUCUAG